GUUUUGAUUGGUUUCCUGAUCCCGGAAGAAGAGCUAACCUUGACAAGUGAGCGUAACACAUGGAAGCUGCAACAGGAAAAAAAGCAUCAAUUUGGACAAUAAACAUCAGCGAAAUUGGAGUGAACAACCAGGAUUGAUGCCCGUUCUUCAUUGUUCUUGUGUUGUGGUUUCUACUCGAAAAUUUGAAACCGUUUACUUGGCUGCAUGAAUGGCUAGCACUGAUAUUGCUGCUACAUGAACUAGUGUUUGGUGUAAUUUCAUGUUCAUCUGCUCCCCAAUGAUGAAGAAUCCUUUGCUGUCCGUCGUCAGAAGCUGUAAAUCGGUGCAAAGACUUCUACAAAGCCCAGCAUCUUCUCCACUUUCAGCCUUGUUAACAAAAAGGAGGAUUAUUAUAUCGAGAUCUACGAGCUCACAUGUCUGCAAAGAUGACAAGAUUCACUACAUAACUACUCCUAUCUUCUAUGUGAAUGCCUCUCCUCACCUGGGACACCUAUACUCAGCAGUGAUAGCUGACUGCCUACACAGAUAUAAACUACUGAGGGGCUUCAACUCAAAGUUUGCGACAGGUAAUUCUUUCAUUCAGUAACUUUGUCAGCCAAAACAUGGAUUUAAAGUAGGGGAGAGUGGGGUAAGAUGAGCCAAAGGCUAAAUUGAGCCACCCCCUGUUGAUUGGAAAUGGUAAAAGAAAUCAAUCAUGUGACCAAAUAUUUAGGAGAUGGGCAUCAAUUCAUGGAGUCUGUGAAGGUUAGAAGCACAUGGGUGACGGGGUUAGACAUUUAUUUUCAAACCAAAAUGACCAAUGGUCAACUUACCCCACAGACGGGGUAAGUUGACCAUAGGAGACCACUUUUUUUUGCAUUUUUUAUUAUCAAGACAGUUAUGUUUACACUCAUUCUGUUGGUUUGCAGGGAUGAACAACAUCCUGAAAAAUAUACAGAUACACUAAAUAGAGACAAAACUAUGAUUGCCUUGAUGUAGUGAUCCGAAAUAUGAAAAAUGGCUCAUCUUACCCCACUUUCUCCUACUAGAGGCACUGAGGAAUUUGAGCGAGAUCAUAAUAAUCAUACACUUCAUGUUACAGGUACAGAUGAACAUGGCUUGAAAAUUCAACAAGCUGCCGAAGCUGCAGGAAAAGAUCCCCUGACGUUCUGCACCGAUGUCUCUCAGAGUUUCAAACACCUCUUCAGCACCUGCAAUAUAUCAUAUACAGAUUUCAUCAGAACCACAGAGCAGAGACACCGAGAGGCAGUGGAGCAUUUCUGGUCAGUGCUCUGGAACAAAGGGCUCAUCUACAAGGGGAGCUAUGAAGGCUGGUACUCCACUCAAGAUGAAAGCUUCCUCACGCCAUCACAGGUGGGGGAUGCUUUGGACUCAUCAGGCAAGGAGAUCAAAGUGUCACUGGAGAGUGGACACAAGGUAAGAUAAGAUAAUCGUAACAAAAUGUGUUACAAUAGUGACCUCGGGUAGAUUUAAUACUGAUAGGUCCACCCCAAUUUUCCCCUAUGGCUAGGGGUGGGCAAUAUGGGAAAAAGUUUAUCACAAUAUUUUUUUUUUCAUAUCAGUUGAUAUCGGUAUAUAUCACUAUGUAAAAAAUGAAAUUUGACAGUGCUUAUUGGUAGCAUGUUGUUAGCUAUACAAUAAGCUACUGCAUCUGUGAGGUCUUUGUGUCUCUUCGACAUUUUGUCGUAAGGUGUCGCAUUAGAGAAAGUCGACUGAAUGGUCGGCUGUUUCGGCUGCGCAGGCACCAUAGGCUCCUUGCUCCGCUUGGGGUUUGUAACCUUUUGCAUUGCGCGUGCUCUGCCGCGUGGCACUGCUUCAGGUGGGGAAAAAAAUUUGAGGUAUACCUCGACUUUGCGAGAACAUGUACUUGACAUAAUUUGCAGUGCACAUUACUCUGCUUCAUGUUCAACCUCAAAAAACCAAAAUACCUCCACACCACAGAUGUUUUUUUUUUCCAGUGUUGUCAACGAUAUCAUCAUCUGUUGAGCCUUCAGCACAUGAUUAGUUCAGCGCAGAGCGGACCCGGGGCAACUCUCCUUUUUAUUGGUUAUUUGUAUAGUCUACCAAAAUAUGCCAGAAUGUCGACUAUCUACAAGGAUAUUGACCAUGUUUUAUAUUGAUAUUGAGGGAAAUUAAUUCUAUAUAUAUAUCAUUUUAUCGCCCAGCCCUACCUAUGGCUAUACAAAAUUUGCACAGCAGCACACAGCAUUUGAUAUCAGUUAUUUGUCUAUCCCUUGUUGGGGGAUGAAUCAGUGACUUCCCACAAUGUUUCAAACAAAUUUCAGUCAAUAUCCAAUCAUUUCUAUAUCUUUUUUGAUCAUAUAAACAAAACCUCAACCUCCUCUUCUUGGUCUUCUUGUAGGUGGAGUGGAUGAAAGAGGAAAACUACAUGUUCCGCCUGUCCGCAUUUCAGUCUCAGCUUCUCAACUGGCUGAGAGGAAAUCCUGCUGCCAUACAGCCGGAGCGUUUCUACCAGACUGUUCUCCAAUGGCUGCAGGAAGACCUUCCUGAUCUCUCAGUGUCCCGUCAGAGAAGCCGCCUCCAAUGGGGCAUCCCAGUGCCAGGCUACCCUGAACAAACCAUCUACGUGUGGCUGGAUGCCCUGGUGAACUACCUCACCGUAGCUGGCUAUCCAGAAAAACACAGUAGGUGGUGGAACGCUGCCCAUCAUAUUGUUGGAAAAGACAUCUUAAAGUUUCAUGCCAUCUACUGGCCGUCUUUUCUUCUUGGAGCUGAGCUGCCACUGCCACAGACGAUUUAUGUCCACUCUCAUUGGACAGUUGGGGGAAAGAAGAUGUCUAAAAGUCUGGGUAAUGUGGUUGAUCCUCUUGAACGAUCACAGACUUUCACAACCGACGGUAUGAGGUACUUUCUCCUGCGCCAGGGAGUCCCAGACACAGACUGUGACUACACUGAGGACAAAGUUUUCAAGCUCCUUAAUUCAGAGCUCGCCGACUCUCUCGGUGGUCUGCUCAACCGCUGCACAGCUUUGGCUCUUAACCCAGCUCAGGUCUACCCUGCUUUCUGUUGUCAGUCCUUCUCACGUGAUGAGGGAGGCAGGGCUGUGGCUGAAGACUACCACAUGUUGGAUGCGGUGAAGAAUCUCCCUGCUGUAGUUGAGGAGCACUACGAGAGCAUGCAUGUGUACAAAGCUCUGGAAGCCAUCAGCGCCUGUGUGAGGCAGACCAAUGGGUUCGUACAGCGGCACAAACCCUGGAAACUUGAUCAGAAGGACAGCAAAGACCUACGGUGGCUGGACACCAUCAUCCAUGUGACACUCGAAUGCCUCAGAGUUUAUGCCAUGCUCCUCCAGCCGGUGGUGCCAGAGAUUUCUAACAAAUUGCUGACAAGACUUGGGGUGCAACCAGCGGAGAGAAGCUGGGCAAAUAUGAACUUCCUGCCAAGGUACCAAGAGAAGGACUGUCCAUUUGAAGGAAGAAAGCUAGGAUCUGACUCGGGAGUGCUUUUUAAUCGCUUGGAGAGUCGGAAUGUGGAUAAACAAAAACCAAAGAAGACAAAAAAGGCAACGAAAUCUAGAUAAAUAGAAAUUAAGACAUGUUUUUCAUUCCCUGUCCACAGACGCAGUUGAUAUAACAAAUAAAAAUCUGGAUUUACCACUUAAA